CAGCAAGUGCUGCGACCAGAGCUGUCAUUCCAAGAUCGCCAGAGCCAUAAUCGACAUAUCUUACAUAAACUGUCUAUUUGGAUUGAACACCGGAGCUCAGAGCUCCUAGAUACUCGCCCUCCUUCCCACACCGCAAGACCAACGCAGCCAAAAUGUCCUCGCGCUCCUCUUCUCCCCUCAAAGGGCCCCUCUACAUCGGCUUCGACCUCUCCACCCAGCAGCUCAAAGGCCUUGUCGUCAACUCCGACCUCAAAGUCGUCUAUUCAUCUAUCUUCGAUUUCGACGCCGACUCCCAAGGCUUUCCCAUCAAGAAGGGCGUGCUCACCAACGAGGCAGAGCACGAGGUAUUUGCACCGGUCGCGCUUUGGCUUCAGGCUCUGGACAGCGUUCUUGAUGGCUUGAAGAAGCAGGGGCUCGACUUUAGCCAUGUUCGUGGAAUCAGUGGUGCGGGGCAGCAGCACGGGAGCGUUUAUUGGGGGCAGGAUGCGGAGAAAUUGUUGAAUGGCUUGGACGCGGGGAAGAGACUGCAGGAGCAGCUCGAGGGCGCGUUUUCGCACCCGUAUAGCCCGAACUGGCAGGAUUCGAGUACGCAGAAGGAGUGCGACGAGUUUGACGAGUAUCUCGGUGGCGCGGACAAGUUGGCCGAGGCGACGGGAAGCAAGGCGCAUCAUAGGUUCACUGGUCCUCAGAUUCUGAGAUUCCAGAAGAAAUACCCGGAUGUGUACAAGAAAACGUCGAGGAUCUCCCUAGUGUCGUCUUUCUUGGCCUCGUUGUUCCUUGGCCAUAUCGCGCCUCUUGAUAUUUCCGACGUCUGCGGUAUGAACCUGUGGAAUAUCCACAAAGGCGCCUACGAUGAGGACCUUCUAAAGCUUUGCGCGGGCCCGCAUGGCGUCGAGGACCUCAAGCGCAAGCUCGGCGACGUCCCUGAAGACGGAGGCAUCGACCUGGGCAAGGUGCACCGCUACUACGUCGACCGCUACGGGUUCAGUCCGGAGUGCACAGUCAUUCCAUCCACAGGCGACAACCCAGCCACGAUCCUCGCCCUGCCUUUACGACCAUCCGACGCAAUGGUCUCACUAGGAACAUCAACCACCUUCCUCAUGUCGACCCCAAGCUACAAAGCUGAUCCUGCAACCCAUUUCUUCAACCACCCGACUACCCCGGGACUUUACAUGUUUAUGCUGUGCUACAAGAACGGCGGGCUUGCGCGCGAAAAGAUCCGCGACGCAAUUAACGAUGCAAAGAACGAGAAGAACCCGUCAAACCCGUGGGCAAACUUCGACUCCGUUGCUUUACAAACACCGCCCCUAGGCCAGACCUCGCCUUCCGACCCCAUGAAAAUGGGCCUCUUCUUCCCCCGCCCCGAAAUCGUCCCUAAUCUCCGCGCCGGCCAGUGGCUCUUCAACUACGAUCCUUCCACUGGCAACCUAACCGAAACGCUUAACGGCGAAGGCUGGAACAGACCCGCCGAUGAAGCGCGCGCCAUUAUCGAGUCCCAAAUGCUCUCUCUCCGUCUCCGCUCGCGCGGCCUCACAUCUUCCCCCGGUGGCGACAUCCCCGCCCAGCCUCGUCGCGUAUACCUCGUCGGCGGCGGGUCGAAGAACAAGACCAUCGCGAAGAUCGCCGGUGAGAUCCUCGGUGGUAGUGAGGGCGUGUAUAAGCUUGAGAUUGGAGACAAUGCGUGUGCGCUGGGCGCUGCGUAUAAGGCUGUUUGGGCGCUUGAGAGGAAGAAAGAUCAGACCUUCGAGGAUUUGAUUGGGGCGAGGUGGCACGAGGAGGAGUUCAUUGAGAAGAUCGCGGACGGCUAUCAGAAGGAGGCGUUCGAAAGGUAUGGGAAGGCUGUCGAGGGGUUUGAGAAGAUGGAGCAGCGGGUUUUGGAGCAGGAGGGAAGAAAAUAGGUGACGAUUGCAUAUAGACUUGUUACAUUUAAGCUUAAUACAUGGUUGACCCAGC